AUGUUCUUCUGUACCUUCACCUUUGGGAAGUUCCUGAUGGGAAUCCGAGUGUCCCUGCAGGAGACUGCUUUUCCUCAUCGGCUGAACCUUUUUUACUUGGCCAAUGAUGUCAUACAGAACUGCAAGAGGAAAAAUGCCAUUGUCUUUCGAGACACCUUUGCAGAGGUGCUUCCUGAGGCUGCUUCGUUAGUGAAGGAUCCAUCCGUUUCCAAAUCCAUUGAAAGAAUCUUCAAAAUCUGGGAGGACAGAAACGUGUAUCCUGAGGAAACCAUUCUGGCACUGAAAGAAGCAUUGAGUACCACUUUCAAAACUCAGAAGCAGCUGAAAGAGUCUCUGAACAAACCGAAUAAGCCGUGGAAGAAAUCACAAACCUCCACAAACCCGAAAGCUGCUCUGAAGUCCAAGAUUGUUGCUGAAUUCCGACCCCAGUCCCUGAUUGAUGAGCUGCUGUUGUACAAGCGCUCGGAAGAUCAGAUAGAACUGAAGGAGAAGCAGCUUUCCACUAUGAGGGUGGAUGUCUGCAGCACUGAGACACUCAAGUGCUUGAAAGAUAAAACAGGAGGGAAGAAGUUCUCCAAGGAGUUUGAAGAAGCGAGUUCAAAGCUGGAGGAAUUUGUCAAUGGCUUGGACAAGCAAGUGAAGAACGGCCCCUCGCUCACGGAGGCGCUGGAGAACGCCGGGAUAUUCUACGAGGCACAGUACAAAGAAGUCAAGGUGGUGGCAAAUGCCUAUAAAACAUUUGCUAACCGAGUGAGCAAUCUGAAGAAAAAGCUGGACCAGCUGAAAGCAACCCUUCCUGAUCCCGAGGAGUCUCCUGUCCCUUCUCCCAGCAUGGAUGCUCCAUCUCCCACGGGCUCCGAGUCCCCUUUCCAGGGGAUGGGGGAGGAGAACAGCGCCCGCUCCCCAGCAGCUGGAGGCCGCAAGAUGGUUUCUCCAGAGCCUGCCACAGAUAAUCGGGAUGUGGAAGACAUGGAGCUCUCUGAUGUAGAGGACGAUACGUCUAAAAUCAUUGUGGAGGAGAGGAAGGACAAACAGACUGCUCCAGCCCCCGUCAAGGCUGAGAGUGUCCCCAAAGCGGUGCCAUCAGCUGCUGCGGCUGCCACAGCCUCGGGGACAGUGGCGACACCAGCCCCGGCCCCUCCGACGCCCCCGGCUCCAAAGGUGGUGAGCACAGCUCCUGUCCCUCCGGCACCAGCGCUUGCCUUACCCAACCUGGCCAACGUGGACCUGGCCAAGAUCAGCUCCAUCCUGAGCAGUCUGACGUCGGUGAUGAAGAGCACAGGUGUGAGUCCCGCCUCGAGACCUUCACCAGGGACCCCGACCAGCCCUACAGCUCUCACCAGUGGCCUGAAGACUCCUGUCCUGGGAGCCCCGUCUGCUCCUUCGAAUCCAUUAGCAAAUAUUCUCUCCAAAGUUGAGAUAACUCCGGAAAGCAUUUUGUCAGCUCUCUCCAAAACGCAGACUCAGACGGCGCCAGCGCUGCAAGGGCUGUCAUCCUUGCUGCAGAGCGUGGCUGGAAACACUGUUCAGUCAGGAGAAGCUGCCUCGCAGAGCACCUCGGCAUCGCCAGCCAACACAACUGUGCCGUGCAUGAAGGGGAGGAAUGCUCCUUCCAAUCCGCAGUCCUUUAUAGCCAAAAGUUUUGGUUAUUCUCCAAACUCGACCACCGCAGAGGUGUCCUCCACUUCAGUCAAUAAGGCUCCCGUCGGACAUACCCCAGCAUUGUCAAGCUCUGGUUUUAAGCCACCAACUAAUUCCCUGGGAUUUUCCAGUUCCCACCCUACCAGUCCUUCCUCCCUUUUGCCAACAGAAACCUCACUGGGUCAAUCCUCUGAAAUUUCAAAAGCCAAGCUGGAAUCAGAACCCCCUUCUCCCAGCUUGGAGAUGAAGAUACACAAUUUCCUGAAGGGAAACCCUGGCUUCAGUGGGCUGAACUUGAAUAUUCCCAUCCUCAGCAGCUUGGGGUCCAGCAUGGCAACGGAGAGUCACACCUCUGACUUCCAGCGUGGUCCCACCAGCACGUCCAUGGACAAUGUGGACGGGACACCAGUGCGCGAUGAGCGCAGCGGGACGCCCACCCAGGACGAGAUGAUGGACAAGCCAACAUCCAGCAACGUCGACACGAUCUCCCUGCUGUCCAAAAUCAUGAGCCCCGGUUCUUCGACUCCCAGCAGUACAAGGUCACCUCUGCAGGGCCGGGAUGAUGGAUAUUCCCAAGAACUUCCCAGUUCUGUGCACGGCUACCGGCCCUUCGGUCUCGGCAGAGAGUCCCCAGCCAGCCUGUACAAGCCGCCUGCGGACAGCAGGGAGAUGCCCUCCUCCUUGAUGGACUCCUCCCAGGAGAAGUUUUACCCAGACACAUCUUUCCAAGAAGACGAGGAUUACCGUGACUUCGACUACUCCGGGCCGCCGCCCUCAGCCAUGCUGAACCUGGAGAAGAAGCCGGUCAAGUCAAUCCUGAAAUCGAGUAAGCUCCCAGAUUCUGCUGAGUACCAGCCGGUGCUGUCCAGCUACGGUCAGCGGUCACAGGAGUUUGGCGUGAAGCCGACCUUCCCCCCAGCCAUGAGGUCUAUCCUGGAUCAGAGCGAGAGCUGUGACCCGCUGGCCUCGUCCCCAGGGAUGUUUGGGAGCUACGGCCGCAGGGGGAAGGACUCGGCCUCGGAUGGGUCCCCGUCGCCCAGCAAGAACGACGUGUUCUUCACGCCGGACUCCAAUCACAGCACCCUGCCCAAACCCGGCCUCCCGCAGAAGCAAUACUCGGACUCGCCCCACGCGCUUCCCCACCGCUCGCUCUUCUCUCCCCAAAACGCCCUCCCCAGUCCCGUCAGCCGACCACCCGCGGCGGGCGGGGACAAACCCAUGGGUUCCUCCAUCUCUGCCACCUCCACCAUUGAGUUCAAGAACAUGCUCAAAAACGCCUCCCGGAAACCCUCCGAGGAGAAGCAUUUUGGGCAGAUGCCCAAAAGCAGCUCGGGUGAGGUGGGGAGCUUGUCUGGGGCUGUGAAGGGCGAGCCGCAGCCGCCGGAGGAGCACUACCGCAUCGAGACCCGCGUCUCCUCCUCCUGCCUGGACCUGCCCGACAGCACCGAGGAGAAGGGGGCCCCCAUCGAGACGCUGGGCUACCACAAUGCCUCGAGCCGCGGCAUGUCGGGGGAGCCGAUCCAGACCGUGGAGUCCAUCCGGGUGCUGGGCAAGGGCAGCCGGGGCCACGGGCGUGAGGGGAGCCGGGCGGGCUGGUUCGAGCUGAGCAGCAGUGGGAGCGCCUUCGACAACGGGCCCUCGGGCUCCUCGGAGCUGCCCGGCAUGGGCGGCUUCCCGGCGCCCUACAAGGAGCACGUACCGCCCUUCCCGGAGAGCGUCAAC